GCUGAGUCGAGGUACCAAGUAUUUUCUCGCAGACCACCGCCCAAAAGUCGAAACAAAACGAAUUAUUCCUCAGAGCCUUGGCAUUUCGGCGGCAUCUGGCUCACAGAAUCAUCUCAUAUCAGAACCGUUGGACCGAUCUGCGGCAUUCAUCCCGACGUUUUUCGCCCCGUCCAGCUCUCUGAUUUGCAAUUUUCACACUCACCUUCAGUGAACCCCUCACACUCAUACUCAUACCCCAACCAUGGCUGAGGUGCAAGCAAAGCUGCAAAAGCUAUCGGAGGAAUACCAGGCGCUACAACAGGAACUUCAGACCACCGUCCAGUCGAGGCAAAAGUUGGAGGCUCAGAGGCAGGAGAACCUUGGUGUGAAAGAGGAGUUCGACAAGCUCAAGGAUGGCGAGCAGAUCUACAAGCUGGUCGGCCCCGUGUUGCUGAAGCAGGAUAAGGUGGAGGCCGAGAGCACAGUCAAGGGCCGUCUGGACUUCAUCACCAAGGAGAUCGAGAGACAUGAAGGCUUGAUCAGAGACGCCCAGGGCAAGCUGGAAAAGAAGAAGGGCGACAUCAUCCAAAUCCAGACCAGCGCACAAGCUGCGGCGGCUCAGGCACAGAAGGCAUGAUCAGGGUGAGGGCAACAGCAGUGGAUGAACGGGAUCAGGAAAAGAAAAAAGCAAACAAAAUGAAGGUCUGAUGAGAGUGGUGAU